UUUUCACGUGGAUGUUCUUUUCACCGUGCGGAUACGGAUCUAGAAUUGAUUCCAGACAGGAAUUGAUGUUGCAUGUUUCUUUAUUUUUUCAAGGAUUUAUUGUUGAAGACGUAUGGGUUACCUUUCAAUGAGGAAGUUUUACUCCUAACUAUGCUAAUCCAGAUAUCGCAUCUUCAACUCGGCUAAUCUAAAGCCCUUCAUCUGCAACUCGGCUAAUUCAAAUCUCCCAACUUCAAUUCUGCUAAUCCAAAUCCCCCAAAUCCAACUCGGCUAAUCCUAAUCCCCAUGCUUCAAAUUUGCUACCAUCUUGCUAUCAAGAAAUUCAGAUAGCUAGCGAAAAUUUAUGAAGGAUUAAAAGCACCUCUACAUAUAUCAGGGGGAGAGCAUCUCUACAUAUAUCAGGGGGAGAGCAUCUCUACAUAUAUCAGGGGGAGAGCAUCUCUACAUAUAUCAGGGGGAGAGCAUCUCUACAUAUAUCAGGGGGAGAGCAUCUCUACAUAUAUCAGGGGGAGAGCAUCUCUACAUAUAUCAGGGGGAGAGCAUCUCUACAUAUAUCAGGGGGAGAGCAUCUCUACAUAUAUCAGGGGGAGAGCAUCUCUACAUAUAUCAGGGGGAGAGCAUCUCUACAUAUAUCAGGGGGAGAGCAUCUCUACAUAUAUCAGGGGGAGAGCAUCUCUACAUAUAUCAGGGGGAGAGCAUCUCUACAUAUAUCAGGGGGAGAGCAUCUCUACAUAUAUCAGGGGGAGAGCAUCUCUGAGGGAUACUUCUCACAAUGUAGACUAACACAGCUUACAAAUGCCACGUGCUACUAUGAGGAGCAACAGUCCAUUGGACGUCAUUACCUACUGCUUCAGAGCCUGCUAUGACAACACGAUCUUCAGCGAGGGGGAGGGCAGGGGCUACCCCGUGCAGAACGGCGCCAAGCCGGGGGGGUCAGAACUUUGUGAGGAUGGCACUGAGGGCCGCGGGUCGGGCUACUGUCGCCCUAGCCACGCGGCCAACGACUAUAUGCAUUCCCUCCCCACACCAGCGCCCGACGAUCUGGUGUUCCGCGCCCACAGGAAGCGGUCACGUGUCAUCCUUCUGCUGCUUGUCUGCCUGCUGCUAGUAGUGGCUCUGACAGUUGGUCUACUAGUGCAUUUUAUAGGCGAUUCUUCAGAAGAUUCGUCUUCUCCAUUUUCAUUGUCAUCUUCUUUAUCUCCUCCUGUGAUAACCUUAGCCAGCAUCCAGGGCAGCCUUACAGUUAUUGCUGGGCCUUUUGCCAUGUACAACCCCCACAUGGCUGACUCUACUUCACCUGCUUUCAUCAUCCUUCGUAACGCUUUUUUAUUUAAGAUGGAUACAAUUUUUAUGAAUUCGAACUUGGCAAAUAUGUACAACAAAACACAAGUUUUACACUUAAGCGACAACAAACGGAAUGUGAUGGUCAACUUCAGCAUCCAGCCUCAGCCUGGCUACAACACCAGCGCGCCCCUCCCCAUCCUGAGCAAGCAGCUGGAGGCGAUACUGGCCCGAGGUUUCAAGAACAGCAUCUUCGUCAUCGACCCAAGCUCCAUCUUUAUUCGGCCAAACGCUUUGAUAAGGCCGAACAUAACUCUACCUCCACAAGGCAAAUGUGUGCCGCUGAGCGUGUCUGUCUGUGCCAACAGCAACACCUCCUACCCCAACUUCCUGCACCAGCAGACCCAGACUGAGGCCGAGAUGACGGUCAAGCAACAUUACGGCCUCAGCUUCCAGCCCGCCUGUUACGUCACGGCCGGCGACUACUUCUGCGCAGUUAUCUCCCCCCAGUGUGGAGCUGACGGUAGACCCAUACCCCCCUGUCGUCGCUUCUGCUUGAAUGUGAAAAGAAUGUGUACACGUGAUACACACGAAUCAAGUUUCCUGAACAUGCACUCGUGUGACGAGUUCCCGGACAGUGAGGACCCAAAGAUCUGCGUCAGGGACCCCAAUCAGGCAGGCACGUGUGUUCCUGUCACAGUCCCCAACAGCUACUGCGCCAGCCAGGGUUUCAACCAGACAGCUUUCCCCAACACCCUCUACCCCGAGGACAGCUCCAUUUAUGUCGUCAUGCACUUCAUGGAAGGUCAGUUGAUGUUACAGGUCAUGCACUUCAUGGAAGGUCAGUUUAGGUUACAGGUCAUGCACUUCAUGGAAGGUCAGUUGAUGUUACAGGUCAUGCACUUCAUGGAAGGGCAGUUGAUGUUACAGGUCAUGCACUUCAUGGAAGGUCAGUUGAUGUUACAGGUCAUGCACUUCAUGGAAGGUCAGUUUAUGUUACAGGUCAUGCACUUCAUGGAAGGUCAGUUGAAGUUACUGGUCAUGCACUUCAUGGAAGGUCAGUUUAUGUUACAGGUCAUGCACUUCAUGGAAGGUCAGUUUAGGUUACAGGUCAUGCACUUCAUGGAAGGUCAGUUUAGGUUACAGGUCAUGCACUUCAUGGAAGGUCAGUUGAAGUUACUGGUCAUGCACUUCAUGGAAGGUCAGUUUAUGUUACAGGUCAUGCACUUCAUGGAAGGUCAGUUGAUGUUACAGGUCAUGCACGUCAUGGAAGGUCAGUUUAUGUUACAGGUCAUGCACUUCAUGGAAGUGAUAAACAACACUACCAACUGCUUUAAGCACUCUCGUCUGUUCGCAUGUGCCCUUGUGGCCUCACCGUGUAGCGGUAAACCCCCGCCCCACCACAUCAUCCCCCCAUGUGCCAGCCUGUGUAAAGCAUUCAAGGAUCGAUGCGGCGUGUUCCCCGAGAUUUUUGAGCUGAACAUCUUUGAGAACCUCAGCUGCUCCUCGCUGCCAGACUCGCCAGACCCCUCGGUCUGUGUGGGCUAUCAUCAAGCUACAGAGGUCGAGCCGUUUGUGUGCAAGAAUGGAGAAAUCCGGUGCGGAAAAAACCGCUGCAUCAAGAACUCAUGGGUUUGUGACGGGUUCCAAGACUGUGACGACAACUGGGAUGAGUUGCACUGUGCACACUGUUUGAAGUUUGAACAGAGUUGCUCCCCAUCAUCUGGGGUCUGCAUCAACCGUACCAAGGGCUGUGACGGGGAAGACGACUGCUUCAUGGCGGCAGACGAGAAAUUUUGUGUCCAUAUUGACAGCGAGCACGAAGCUGGUGUUCUCAAGGCCUAUAACUCUGUCAGCUUGGAGUGGGAGGAGGUGUGUCGAGACAACUGGACGGAGGACCUAUCCGCAAUGGUCUGUAAGCAGCUCGGUUACAGACGACCACUGACCACCAGCUACUACCAGACCACCAACCUAACGGGCCACAAAUCCAUUGUGUCGACCUUGAGAAAUGCCAGUGACCCGAGCAGAUUACAAAGUUAUUUAUUCAAAGGCUUAAAGGCCUGCCCCAGCGGUUAUGUGGUCAAAGUUGUUUGCAUGGAGGCGGCCUGUGGGGUUCGCCCCGCCUACUUUAAGUCUCCGCUGCGUGUUGUGGGUGGAGACGAGAUUACACCAGGCGCCCAGCCCUGGAUGGUCUCCUUGCACGGCGGCAUCUCGCAAACUUUCUUCUGCGGCGCUACCAUCAUACACGAACGUUGGCUGCUGACGGCCAGUCACUGCAUCGGAGGAGGGUACAAAGGUGACUUGAAGUACUGGAAGGUCAAGGCUGGAAGCACCAGAAGAUUCGCCUACUCCGCCUACAGACAAGUCCGCACGCCCAAGGCUAUCUUCAAACACCCCAUGUACAACACAGCCACGGUGGACAGCGACAUCGCUCUCAUCCUGCUGGACAAGCCACUGGCCAUGAACGACUUUGUCCGCUCCAUUUGUCUGCCGGACAAACCUGCGGACAUCGGGACCAGAUGUUAUGCCACUGGGUGGGGCAAGGUUGAAACUUCAGCACCUGAUUACGAGCCGGCCCUGCGUCAGGUGCCAGUAGACAUCACGUCAUGGGAGUACUGCAAGCACGCGAUAGCCAUGCACAACGAGCGGCCCAACCACUUCACCCUGACCAAGAACAUGAUGUGUGCUGGGGGUGCUAACGCCCACGACUCUUGUCAGGGUGACAGCGGCGGCCCCCUGCUGUGCCGGAGAGAUAACCGGAGUGACGAGUGGUACCAGGGCGGCAUUGUCUCGUGGGGGGUCGUGUGUGGCUCGCCCAACACCCCGGGGAUCUACACCAACCUACCGCUCUUCGUUCACUGGAUACAAGAGACGAUUGCUAACCACACACAUUCCUAACGCAAACAAGAAACAAAAACUCGAACCACACAAACAACUAACAGGGGCGUAGC